AUGGUCCAAGGAAAACAUAUAAAGAUCGCGUGUCAGGUCUGUAUUAGAGGCCAUAGAACCAAAACAUGUAACCAUUUAUCCAGCAUUAAUUCAAAUGAUCCAGAAUAUGAUGGCUUCAGAGGUUGUUUAGAAGUCAUACCUAAAAAAGGACGAAGGAAAUCAAGAAUUCCAGAUCACAUUGGUGGAUUUAAACCGGGUCAAGUAACAUUAAAUCCUAAUAAUGAUAAAUUUAUCUUGGUUGAUGCCAAAUUAGUUCCAAAACUUAAUGAAUGGUGUCCAAAUAGUAAAAAUUUCAGAUAUGAAUGUGCUUAUCCUUGUUGCAAAAAGAAACCAACGGAGCUAUACAUUAACGAGGAAUUUUCUAGUUUUUUAAGAGUUCCACAAUAUUGUGAUCUUAAAUCAAUUGAAGAUGCAAAAAGAAUUGGUAUACCUGUUAGUUAUAAAGACUUACCAAUUGAUUUUUUGCAUACGGAUGUGAAUUUCCAUUCUAUUGGUAAACUUUAUCCAGAUAAAUCAGAUUAUCCAAAUCAAUCUAUUGGUGAGGUUAUCAAUGCAAAUCCACAAUCAGUUAACAUUCCAGUAUUACCUCAAGAAGCUCAAUCAAACAACAACACAGAUCUAUCAGAAUCAAUCAGUAACAAUCCAGUCACUCCAUCUUAUAGUGAAAACUUGGAUUAUCAACACUCUAAUUCUUCAACAACUACUUCAUUAAACUCCAACUUCAAUGGUGACACUAAUCAAUAUUUUAAUAAGGAUCAAAAUAAUCAUCAAAAUAAUAUUUAUCACAAUAGAAAUUACGUUGACAAUUACAUUAACGGUUACAUCGAUAAUCAUCACAAUGAUAAUAUUAUAGAUCAUAAUAAUCAAAGCUUUGAUGUGAAUGGUUUAAACAAUACUACUCAUUAUAAUAAUACAGCAGAUGACAAUCAACUUUCGGUACUAGGUACUUCAAUUUCAACAAAUUCGAGACCUCAUCAACCAUCAUUUCAAUCUAAUCCAAUUGUUCCAAGCACUUUUAAUAAUUCUACAACAACCACUCAGCAGUUGAACCUUGCUCAUGGAGAGCCAUGGAAGGAUAAUGAUUUUGGAAGUGAUGAUGAUGAUGGAAGUGAUGAUGAUGAAAGUGAUGAUGAUGAAAGUGAUGAUGAUGAAAGUGAUGAUAAUGAAAGUGACAAUAAUGAAAGUGACGACAUUGAAAGUGAUGAAUACAGUGAAUUCAGCGAAGACCAUGAAGAAAUUGAAGAAGAUAGUGAUACAAUCGUGGGUAGUGACGAUGAUGAUACCAUUAUGGGUGAUGAUGAUGCAGAAGAAGAAGAAGAAGAUAAAGAUAAUGAUGAUUCUACUAACAAUAGCCACGAUGUUGACGAUGACGAGGAUGACGAAGAGGAUGACGAAGAGGAUGAAGAAGAUAUGCCAAAAUUCUAUAUCAGUCAGGAACAACAGGUAAAAUUAAAUCUUGCUAGAAGAUUCAGACAACUUUUGAGAAUCAAAUCAGCACUUCAAAACCCUUAUUCAAAUGAUAUUGAUAAUCUUGAAUUUUCAUCUAUUUAUGAUGUCAAUAAGGAAAUUCGUAUCGUUGAGGAAAAAAUUGAAGUUUCAAAAGGGAAAAAAGGGAAAUAUCACCAAUCUUUGAAUAAUGUCAUAUCAACAAGUAACACUUUACGUAACAAUGUUCAAAAUGGAAAUGGGUUUGGGUCUUCUAGAUAUAGCUCUAUGUUUGUUAGUCAACGUGAAAAAUUGAAAUAUGUCAAUUAUAAUUCAAAUAGAGCACAUCCAUUGAUUCCAACAAGUUCUUACGUCGAUAAUUAUGAUGAUAAUAGUGGAGAUAGCUCUCCAAAUCUCACGGAUACAGAUGAUCCUUCAUUUAAUGUUGAUGAUUAUAUUGAUAAUGAUGAAGAUGAUCUUUAA